UUUGGAGUUUACCACAUACAGGCUUUUAUUGCUGAGCGACCUAUUUCAUUUCACGUCACUUCAGUCUCUGUAGACCUAAAUGCGAUUGUAAAUGGUUUCGUAUCUUUUAAACUAAAAGAUGUUAUUAUUUGCCAACUAUUCGUUGAGAGUGCUUCAUGACAUCUGGCUCUGAAGUGUAGAGUCUAGAGCUCCUGAAUGAAAAUUACUACGAGAUUUGUAAGGCUCGCGUUGUAGCCAAGCACGCAACCACCGUAUAUCUGCUCUCCAAGCAUGAGUUCCAAGAGCACGUUUGUCUGCAUCGGUUAAGUCUAUCGCGUCCGAUAUCACUAUUAUUGCUAUUGCUGAAGUGUUCGAAUAGAGUCAGGGAAACCUGUUGGAUCUAAUGGUCACUUCGUAUUUGGCGCGCUUCCUUUCCUCGCUGGUCCAGCCGCAUCGGCCUACGGUGACUACGUUCACGUUUAGCUUACCGUGCUGGCUACAUAGGGGCAUUCCUCUCUGCCGACAAUAUACUUGCUUUUCCGUUGGAUUACCAUUGUAUGUGACAAACUAGUCUUGGCAAUGGGCGAUACAAGCAAGUAUUCGAUACUCUUACCGACGUACAACGAAAAGGAUAAUUUACCAAUCGUCGUGUGGCUCAUCAACAAAUAUAUGACAGAAAGCCACUCGUUGUUAUUUUACAGUGAUUUGGAAUACGAAAUUAUCGUCAUUGAUGAUGCGAGCCCAGAUGGAACCCUUAAAGUCGCCCAAAGUCUACAGAAGAUUUAUGGCGACGAUCGUAUCAUCCUGAAGCCCCGUAAAGCUAAGUUAGGACUUGGAACUGCGUAUAUCCAUGGUCUUAAAUACACUCGGGGUGAAUUCGUUGUGAUUAUGGACGCCGAUCUUUCGCAUCAUCCAAAAUUCAUUCCUAGUUUUGUAGCGAAGCAGAAGGAGGGUAAUUUCGAUGUCGUCUCCGGAACACGGUAUGCGUUAGGCGGCGGAGUACACGGAUGGGAUUUCAAACGUAAACUUAUCUCCCGUGGAGCUAAUUUUCUCACACAAUUUCUGCUCCGUCCGGGUGCGUCCGAUCUGACUGGCUCGUUUCGGCUCUAUCGGUGCAAUGUUCUCCGAAAAUUAGUUGAGUCAUGUGUAUCCAAAGGUUAUGUUUUUCAGAUGGAAAUGAUUGUUCGCGCCAGACAGUACAACUAUUCGAUCGGCGAGGUGGGGAUCUCGUUCGUGGACCGGUUCUAUGGUGAAAGCAAAAUGGGAGGCAAUGAGAUAGUCAGUUACAUCCAGGGCUUAUUGUAUCUCUUUGCUACGACGUAGAAAAACCUCAGGUCUCGCGCAAAAAUUCAUUUCAAUUUCAUACAUCCAGAGAAAGCGCGCUUUUUUAUACUAUUCGUACAUCUGUGAAUCGCAUCAUGAUUUAAAUAUAUGUAUUCCAUUUUUAUCCGAA